GGCGGCUGGUCAAUAGGGGGCGCUGGGGCGCCGCCCCCCCUUCAAGUUAGCCUACUUUAAUAUGUUAAUAUUUAUUAUCACAAAUAUUAACAAAAUAAAUUGAUUUAAUGAUAACACUCUACAGUUAGUCAUACUAACAUUUAUUGAAAAUAAAAAAAAUGUAUGAACAAUAUUUUUUCAUAUGUGUUCGGGGCGCCGGACUAAUGAGUGUCUAUGUAGAUACACGAACUUUUGCAAUACAUGUGAUAUGACAAAAAGCUCUAAUUGGCCCGUUUUAAAUUGUCCUUGGGGCGCAGCACUCUGCGCCCCGAACCCGCCCAUUUAUGUUGUCAGAACGAAUCAUAUUUGUUUUUAUAUGGUUGGCCUUAUGUGAUUGGACCAUUCCCACUUGGACCUUUCACUUAGCAAGCAGCUCCUCAGUUUACUGACGACUAUCAAUCAUAGUGGAAGCAUGUGCAAUUUCUCGAAAUGAAGGAAAAUUCCGUUGUAUCUUUGCAAAGAUAUCCAUUCACAAGGCGUUUGGAUGAAAAAAAAAAGAAUCAAGGAGCUUGGACCAGAUCGACCUUCCUUGCAAAUUCAACAGCAGUCAAGUGAUCGUGGGCGCGCGUACACUCGGGGCUUUUCCAGCACUUGUUAUGACAAACGGAGCUGGCUGGCAGGUUGUGAUGUAAGUCAUGCCUUUUACUGUUUCCCGUGUUUGCUGUUUGCCGUGAAGGACAUCGAUUCAGUACACAUCAGGGGGAGCAUCCAGCAAUUCCAGCAGGACAUACAGAAGAUCAGAAAUUCUCUCCAUUCCCUGGUUGACCAAUGCAGUGAAGGUGGUUUUCAACAGAAGAGGCGGCGGUCCCUCAGUCCAGAGGUUCAUGAACAGAUAGCAGCAGAAGUCUGUGAUACCAUACUCACACACACACUGGAGCGGUUCUCCUUCACAGACCACCUCGUUAGUGCCACAUUGCUGCAGGCAGACAGGUUUGAGCAGUAUACAGUAGCUUUUCCAGAAGAUGCACUUAGCAGGACUCUGAAAGCCUAUCCUGUGCUCGAUGGAAGUAAGCUAAAGACAGAGCUCAGUCUCAUCUACUCCAAGGAUGAGUUCAGAGCCUGUUGUGGUGCUUUGGACCUACUCCAGCUGUUUAUGGAGAACAAUCUUGAGGAAGUCUUUUCAGAGACUGUAACUCUCCUAAAGAUUCUGGUAACUACGCCUAUGACCACAGCAGAAGCUGAGAGGUGCUUCUCAACUUUGAAAAGAAUAAAAACUUUUCUGAGAAACAGCAUGACCCUAGAGAGGCUGAAUGCAUUGGCCAUGCUGUCAAUAGAGAAGAGACUAGUGACUGAGAUGACUGACUUCAACCAAAAGGUCAUUGAGAAAUUUGCAAGCCAGAAAGAAAGGAGAGCAAAAUUUAUUUUCAAGUAGUGCUACUGGCCAGUGAUUAGGCAACAUCUAUGUGUGUCUGUGCGUGUGUUUAUCGAUUACUUCAUUACUCAUAAUAAACCUAAAUUGAACUAAAA